AACAGUUAGAGAUGGAAGAUAGAACAACACAUAGCACACUAUAUCACUUCCCUGAAGAAGUCUGUGUCUGAAGAAUUCAUACAGGCAAACAACAUGUGGUGCUGUAAUUAUGAUAUGUAAGUUUCACGCCAUGGCGGCUACGGUUUGGUUUAGAAUAAGAGGUCUAUUCACGUUUUAAUUUGGCGAGGUUAGCUGAUGAUCAUAGUUGAUAAUGCAGAGCCAAAGAGAAAGUGGGUAUACUGAGAUGCCAAGUUGCUGCAGGUUAGGGGACAGCAUGAUCCGGCUAAGCCCCAAAGGCGCCUAGCUACUCUCCCCUUUGCCGAGGCUUAGAAAAUUGGCUCAAUCACAAAGGCCCAAAAGGCGGCGCCUUUGCCUCGCUUUACAAUCGUGCAGCACUGUCCUCUUCUACUGCACCCGCAUGCCAAUUGCCUCUGCAAGCCUGCAGGCCGCAGAGCGCGAGGCGACGACGGAGCGGCGGCGGCGGCGGCGCGGCGCAAUGCCGCUCUUCUCGGGGCGGAGCAAGAGGCCGGAGCGGAAGAGCGGAGGAGGAGGAGGAGGAGGCAGGGACCAUGCGGCGGUGAUGGCGAACGAUAAGGCGGCGGGAGCGGGGGCGAGGCAGAGGAACGGCAGGUGCCGGGCGCUGUGCUGCGGCGCGUCGCGGCUCAGCGUGUCGUCGUCGGCGUCGUGCUCGUCGGUGGAGUACUCGAGGGGGCUGUCCAACCUCGCGCACGGGAUGGUCCAGGCGAGGCUGCAGUCCAUGAUCGACGCCGCGGCCGGCCGGUCGUCGGCCGCGUCGCGCCCGCGCCCGCUCCCGCGCCAUGGGACGACGGAGACGGCCGCCGAGCGGCAGGUUCAGCGCGGCGGGCCUUGCCGUUGCGCGUGCAACUACUGCGGCGGCCACUACGACGACGGCGGCGGCGGCGCGUCGUGCGGCCAGAGGAGGCCGUGCGUCGUGCUGGUGGCGGUGGACAGGAGGACGAGCGACCCGCGGGAGGAGUUCCGGCGGUCCAUCGCGGAGGUGAUCACGGCGAAGCGGAUGGCGGAGCCGGCGGAGCUGCGCGCCCUGCUCAACUGCUACGUGUCCGUGAACGCCCGCGAGCACCGCGCCGCCAUCCUCGAGGCCUUCCACGAGGUUUGCUCCGGCCUCUUCUCCCGCAAGCGCUGACGCGCGCGGCAGCGAGCCAAGCGAACCUCGUAAACCGGUCACUGCAAAUCGUGGCCGUCCGUCAGAAACGGACAUAAACACUUCAGGGAAGUGUUGUUGUAGAUCCAAAUAAAAAAAAUGCAAGUUAUCUUCCCUUUAAUUCGUUGAAUUCGUGUUUUCUGCAACAAUAACGUGCUCAAGCAUGAUGUGCAUGCCUCGCACAAAUUUUUUAUGUACAUACAUAUUUCAGUGUCUGCUCAUGUUUAUCUGAAUCCUUAUGGGUUUCAGAACUUCAUCAGAAGUGCAGAGUCCUGGUUGA